AUGACCACAAUAGACGGGCCCCCCCGGUCACUUACCCUAGCCGCAGGAGGUUUACACACACCUCCAUUCGACAAUUCUCCUUCCAAUGGCAACCAAUCGGCUAGCGUGCAGACGUUUCCGAUCCAAGUAAACACUAUCGCUACCGAUCAUCAGGUACCAACUGCCGGUUCAUCAUCAGCGGAAGACUCUACUCUGGAGUCCACUGUGGAAGAUCUUCAGGUCACAGGCGAGUCACAUGCUGCUCCAGCCAGCCUUUCUAGGGGGCUGCCGGGCUUUGGGGUCGAGCUACACACCAAUGGACUAAUCGUCUUAAACUCCCAUGAGGGCGAGGGGACACGACGAUACUACAAUCCAGACGAAGACGAAGUCGAUUCCGAUGACGGCGAAGCGGUCUCGGAAGAUGGGUUGGAGCUCCACAGCGGUAUCAGAGCUAGUUCUGACGAACCCUCUUAUAACGAUGAAGACGAUGCCGAAGUUGCAGAAAAAAUGGACGAACAAGCGAAUGAAGGAAGUGAGCCCGAUGGUGGAGAGGAAGAAUACGAUAGCAUGUCGACUGCAGGCGACAAUGAUGACGACUUCAGCCUACCUCAGCCCCCGCCUAUCGACCUCGACCGUGUUGGCUGCAGAGGAGAGUGCCGAAGAGAUUUCCGUCAGGGUGUUGACUUCUACGAAAAGCAAGUCGAAGCUCUUCAGGACAGGCUUCGGAAUCUAACCAUGACGAAUACCGAUCUGAAGACCAAGUUGCACAAGGCGACCCGACAGAUCGAUAUUCUGAAGAAUCCAAAUCCCAAAAAGAGAACCGUGAGAACAUGGCAUGAGAAACUUCAUCUGUCCAUCACCAACCCCGGCCAUAAAGACGCCUUACCUUACAGUGAAAUAUACAAGCUUUGCUGCAAGGAAGAAAACAUGAGCUCCAAACCCGAGAACGUCCAUCCGAACUUGAGACUUCGGCGACCUAAGGCCAACGAGCUUCAAGCAGAUGCAUUGGGCGGCUUGUUGAUGGGUAACUCAAGAGACGGCUCGGAUUCUGAACCAGAAGGGGAUAAUCAAGGACCGGCGGCAGAGAGACGUGACGGACCCGAGGCGCUGUUCGUACAGGACGACGAGCAAACGGGAGUCGAGCAACCUCAGGAGGUAUCGGUACUAAGCAACCUCUCAUUCGAGCAGUUUCCGGCCAAAAUUCAAGCCAAUAUCUUCAAAUGGGUCUACAUCCAGGAAGGCAAAUUGAUACACUGCAUUAGCCGUCUCGAUCCUUACAUGCCCCCCGAGGAGCCCACUGGGACUAACGUCGACAGAAGCGGUUUACCCCAUCGAUUUCACCUAUCUGGCAAAUCGUGCAACGUCACUUACGCCAUCAAGCCGAAUAUGCAUCUUGCUCUCCUUUCUGUCUGCAAACGAUGGCACUACCUUGGUGUUCACGCUUUCUAUGGACUCAACACGUUCGCCUUCUCAAGUCUGGGAGAGUUUGGCCGCUUCUGCACUGGAAUUGGAGCUGCGCGCCGAGAGCGAAUCCAGCAUGUAGAACUUCUGUGGAUGGGAAACCAGUACCUCACACAGAAGCCAGUCAAGGAAGGCAAAGAGCUCAAAUGGGCUUCCAAGAGAGCUUGGGAUGCUUCUUGGCUCUGCCAGAUGCGCCGUCUGAAAAGCCUUACCAUUCAUAUAGACGAGAGCGGCAGUGGCUAUAGAAGACGAAAACACGAGCCUGCUGGUCACGUCGACUGGAUGGCAUCAAUGACCGCUGGUCAGCCUAAUUUUCGUCUGACAAGAUCUCUCAGGACUUUGCAGGGGUUGGAUUUCAUUUACCAGCUUCGGGGAAUGGAGUUCAUUCAGUUCUACGACUAUGAGAUGUGUCGCAUUAAUGGCGGCCGUCACCCAAUCCGCGACUGGUCUUUCUAUAUGGACAUCGAAAACGUGACGGCGAUGCCGAAGACAGGUGAUCGAGCUCAAGAGGCAGAGUUCGAAAACCUAACGCCAGUCCUUCGCGAUUUCGUACUCGCAGACGAAUAUCUGGAAGCAAUCAAGGUACUCUACCGUCAGAGUGAGGCGUUUGACGCGAGGCAUAUCUCGUCAGCGAAUGGUGAGGAAGUUGGAGACGAACAUGCCGAUGCCGAGAUUCCAGACAUCGUGAGGCCUGCGGAAAGACGCAACACAAUGGCAUCUCGCGCGGUAACUGACAUGGAGAUAGACGAAGACGACGAGGUUAAACUUCUAGACGUAGCGAUGCCUGCGGAUAGACGUAACGCGACUGCAUCUCGGGUGGUGACUGGCGCGGAACAUCCCGAUGGCGAUAGGAAGACCACUGACACGAAGAAAUUAUCCACCGCCUUUGAGGUGGGAUAUGAUAGUGCUGAAGAUGGCUCGGGAACGGAGGAUAACGAUGCCACCCCAAAAGCGAAUAUGCUCAACGCCCGCUCUGGAUCGGCUUUCUCGAACGCUUCUACCUUUGGAGAAGACGGUAUCGGGAGCAGCUACGGUGAUGAGGUUUCCGUGGCGGGAUCGAGUAAAGAGAAACCCAUUGAUCUGGAUUCUUUCGAGCCCGAACAGACACCACAACCGACCCAGCUCCAGCACGAGUUGGACAUGAAACGUGAGCCGUCUGUGGCGGUGUCUAUAGGCCCAUAUUCGUCCCGAGAAAGCGAGAGAUCUUUCGACAGCGGCAGUGGCCUUUUCCUUCGCUCGCCAACAAUGUCUCGCUCCCGCACCCAACGCGAGUCCACGGAGAUGACUGAGACGCUACAGAAGAGGGGAUUUGAGGAUUCAGAAGUACGGAAGGUCAUUGACUUGACUGAAUUCGAGGAUGAGCCCUCGUCCAUGAGUACUGGAUACCCAAGCUCGUCUCAAACCAGUUUCACUCAGCAGACGCAUCGUCAUCAACCCGCCACAUUUAAUCUCUUGACGCAACUUCGUAACAACCCGAUUCGGGCCCGUCCCGACAGCGAAGAAGAAGAAACCCCGGUUUUCAAGAAACCUCGGCUAGGGUAG